CUGGAUCUGAAGCAGCGCAAGUAGCAAGGGCCACUACUCAGGUUUUCCCCUCUCUCGAUGCGCAGGCGCUUUGAAGGCGGUCGAUGGUUGCUGCAAUCGCCUUUGUGACUAGACAUCCGAUUGUUAAUGUGUGUUCUCUAUCGCCAACAAAGAAAUAAGUUCGUGAGAAGCAUCAAUAACGACUGUAUUGGACAGAUCUGGCCACGAUCAACCUAUCGGGAGUACAGCGCGGUCACAAACCGCAUGGCAACCGUGGCCUGCGCAGUCAUGUUACGUAAUAGUCUCUGGCUAAAUUGUAUUAUUCUCUGUAUCUGUGUAUAUGCAUUUUACAAACAGGCCCUGCCAUAGGUGACCAAGCUCUUAUUAGUCACGACAGCUAGUCCUGGUGCUUCUCAAUCGUGUAGGACAGAUCAAUGUAAGCUAACGGUUGGUGUUCAGCUUCGUAUGGACUUACCAAAAUUACGAAUAUACGACCCUUUUUAAUGCGAGGACCAAUAUAAUUGGAGUCCGCUAGAUCUGGCAGGAGAUUUUCAAGCCUUGUUGUGUCUUUCGUUAGCGUUAGUUCGUCGAGCUGUCAUAUAAUUACGCAGGACGCUGCAUAAAAAAAAUCGAAAAAAUGAAAACAAUUAAGUUCGAUCUUUUCUAGCAGCAUACUACAGUACAGAGCUGAUAUAUUAGAAGACUGUAACGGAAAGAGGAAGUUGGUAAAAAUAUUAGCGGUAUCUGUUUUCGUCGAUGAGCAAUACAAGUCGUGCGUCAAUGAAGUAUUUCGAAAAGCAUUUAACACUCUACCGUUCAACUUGUUGUAAGCUUUUCCCAGUAGUCUCUUGGUGGCACUGUAAAAUCAAAAAUAAAUGCAAGCCACUAUUAGAACGGACUAUUUAUCCUUCUGCAAAUAAUCUGUGCAGAUCCUAGGUACAUUUUCGGCCAAAGGUGAUUCAUUUAAGAAAUGCCGGUCAAAGCAGCGUUUGCGAGAGGACGAUUGUCUUGACGAUGGGCCUUUACGAACCAGUUACCUCGAAGAACGAAGAGGACUCAUCUGUUGAGCCGGAGCGAUUCGAGUUUCCUUCGACUAUGCAAUACUUGAACGUCGCAGCCAAAAGGCGCUGCGCAACGUUAUUCUUUACGUUUCAUUCAAGUGCUGAAAUAUUAAUUUUAUCAUUUGUGCCACUCGUGCUACGUUUUAUUGGUAUUUCAAUGUUUGCCUCGGCCUUUUUGCGUGCGGGUUCGAUUGUCCUCGCUGCUCUGCUGAGUUCGCUUGUGCUAACAUGUGUUCGUUCGCCAUCGAGUCGCAAAGUUCUGGCAGGCGUUGCUUUACUGUUGACGCUGGUAUCUUUAGUGAGUCUUAUAUAUAGCUUUCGCCCCAUGAACUUGCGUUUCAUUUUACCCGAAGUAGAGAAGCAAGCCAAUGCUACUUUCAUUCGGUUUUCCUUCCCAAGUUGGGAAAAUGACAACUGUCUAGCAGCUACACUUUGGCCUUCUUCUCGAAAGGUUGACGGUGCCUCAGAUAGACUUCCACCAGAGAUUGCAACAUUGUCUAAUAUCCAGAUCGCAGAUGCUACAAGGAGAGCUAAGAACAACUCAGAGAUGCCGACUUUUGCUGCUGAUCCUGUGCCACCUAUACCGAAGAACGGUGUGUUCGGCUUGCAAGACCGUACAGUCAAUUCCCAAAACUGGUCACCCUUGCCCGAAGUUUCACCACCAUCGGAGGGCGGACAUAGGCCUGGCUUAGAUCUCUCCCAAAUUCCUGAGCAUUCUCCACUUACAUACAAGCCAUUCAGGCCGACUGGACCCCAAGUUGCCGUUAGACGAAACCCUCCUAGACUUCUCGCUCGACCAGAAUGGGUACCGAAUGUCCUUGAAGGUACAUCCAAAUUUCCUUUGAACAGCGUGCGUCUAAGACACGAUACCGAGAAUGUCAAUGGUAUCCAGAGUGCAGAUUCGAAAAACUUAGCUGGCUUUGACGGUGACGGUAUGGUCGCAAGUAACGACUAUGAUGAAAACAACAAUAAUGACCUUGUUCGCUUUCCUGAAUUCAUCGGGAUUUCGCCUAUGAUGGAGCGUGCACGUCAGCAUCUUCCACCUUUUAUCCCAGGUCCCUCGGUUUUCAAAGGCAUAGAGCCAGCUUCUCAGGAUCGCCGCUUUGCUGAGAUCCGUCGAACGACAAGAACUCUUCAAGAUCAGUCUGAUCAAAAUGGGCUAGGCGCUCCUAGUGUAAGUCAGACGGACGAACACAAUAUUUCAGAGGCUGCGACAAACAUCACUGAAAGCACGUCAGACGAUGGAACAGACAAUUUUUGGACCAGACUAAAUUACAUUCUAGCACCAGUUUCUACCCUCACAACGUACCUUGUUACGCUCACGCUCCUCACCUUUCUGGAUACCGGUUUCAAAAUCUCAUCGCAGGUAUGCGACGGUCUCUAUCGUGGGUACCUCGGCCAGUUGGACUACUUGAACAAGAUAGGCGACCACCUGCCUUUUCAAUAUGGGGCUAUUUGCUUCUUAGUGAGUGUCGUAUCUUUUGUGGCUUGGCGUUUCCGCUGUGAGUUGUUGUCUAUUAUCGGAGACCCUUCUGAAGUAUUCAUCUUCUUCUCUGCCCUGCCAUUAAUCCUUGCUUUCGUCGUAUUGUCCAAGUUUCCUGUUCCGGACAAGAAAGUAAGCCUUCUAAAAGUCGAAUCUGUAACUCCUAAUAGGGUCAGCAUACUUAACAAUGCUCGAGCUUUUCUAUUGGCGUGUACGCUCGUUCUGCUUGGAGUAAUCUCAGGCGCCGAACAGUCGUCUGUCCUAUGGCGUCUCAUCGACUGCAAUGCCGACUUCCUUUUCGUCAUCUGCUUCUUCAUCAUACCCAUACUAACAUCCUCACUCCUGAUACGAACUAAUGGAUUAAGGCGUCCAAGUACUAUCGGAAGAUUCAUGCUGAUUGCUCUGGUGACUGUGCAUAUUCGUUUCAUUGGAUAUGCAUAUUUGACCGAGUAUGGAAAAAAAGCAGAUCAGUUAUACUGGCUCUUACCACUUCAAAUCUUAACGCCUUUUGGUACAACAUUUGUGUGGAGCACGAUUGACAGUUUCGUACAACAGGUAAGCUUUCCCAAAGACAACGGACGUUUACGACGUCAGUUUUAUUUGGCCUAUUGGAAUCUGGGCCUGGCAAGUGGAACCCUCAUUGCUGGCUUUGGAUACGAUCACUUCGGAUUUUUGUUAACGUUCUCAUCGAUAGGUGUCGCUUCUGGCAUCUGGGCCGUCAUUUUCUUCUAUUUAAGUCGAUACAUGUCCUUACAUCGCGUGGAAACAUCCAGCCCACUUCGCUACACCAAAUUGCCUGACCACGAAGAGGAAGUCACCUUGAAGCGAUCCAUCAACAUUUUCCGGGAAGCUGAUGAUGAAUCGGACACCGACGAUGACACCGUCGAGUUUGACGCGAUAUUAGCCAGCGGCAAAAAUCAGGCCAGCAAAACAGCCCCUCGAUAAAGGCCGAAUAUCGGCCAGCCACACGGACAUAUAAGAAAGAGUUCCGUCAUACAGUGUUGAUCGAUGUUUUUACAUUGUAUCAAAGUAUACAUAUAGAUACUUAGCAUCAAUGCUUAUGUGCGUCAGCCUAUUAUUCAGAAAUAGAUAUGGUAAUUCGUAGAUAUCUUAUUACAACACCCUAAUGAGUGAAAAUUGCUUAAAAUGCUAUAUUUUAAAAAUGGCUCGAGUGAACUUCUAGUCAUUGUCAUAGGAUGUUAGCUUAUCUUAAUCUAAAUAGUGCGAAGUUGCAUUAAUUGCAAUAGUGGCACCCAGCAAAAACCAAGCUUACAUGAACUUGCAAGUUCUAGCAGUGUUACUAUUUUACGAUAAAAAUAUAUAUAAACUCUCUCUCUCUCUCUCUCUCUCUCUAUAUAUAUAUAUAUAUAUAUAUAUAUAUAUAUAUAUAUAUAUAUAUAUAGGAGAAAGAGGGUAAAAAUUCAAUAGAUGGCACUGACUUCUCGUUGCUUGCACGAGACAGUCGAAUUAAGCUUAAAUCAGUUCAUGUAAGUUGUUUCGUAUUGUUAUAGAAUAUAAUAUACCUUGCGGUGAAAAUCAGGUCCGUCCUGUUUUGGAAUAAAUUCCAACAAAAGAUGGCCUAAACCAAUAUCAAUAUGGAGUGCAUACGAGUUCAAACAGAGUAGGAGAAGACAAAACCCCCAAGUGUGUAUAUAGGGCGUGAUACGAUGUCAAUGCAUGGGCAUGAACGCACGCGUCCGUAAAUGGACACAGCUAGACGAGUACGAUACUGAAAGAAUUAGAGAGGUAUGGACGGCGGGCCUACGCGCAGUCUCACCUCCGUUAUUAGGAUGUUAUUUGGUUAGUACAUAAAAUUUUACGUUUUGUGCUGACAGGUGUACCAUCCCACGAGAUACAACUGAGAUCAGUCAACUGUACAUAGUGCCCUCUAUCUCGUUGAGGCUUCAGGGAUUGUAAGAGAAAAACACAGUUUAAUCAAGUGUAGGCAUUCAAUUUGGUAGCACACUGAGAGAUAUUUUGGACCUUGACACAUUUUUUUUAGAAAUGCGAUUUCGGUCUGCCUAGAGCAUGGAGUCUAAUGAAAGCACCUAUCUCUAAAUAUCCGUACAAUUUCGAAAAAUAAAUUAUUGAGCUUAUUGUUAA